UGCAUAUCAGAGAUUAGAGAUUUCUUGUUUUAUUGUUGGUAACCAUUAUAAAGCUGUCAGUAGUUUUUGUGCUUGUUAUUUCAAAUAACUUAUUUGCAUAAAAUGUACCUUCUUUAUCUCUGAAAUGUUUGUUUGUAUGCUCGGAAAAUAUUAGUUAUAAUUUACGUGAAGCGAACCAGUUUUUUUAAACAUGGCAGACGAUUUUGAAGAUGAGUUGUGGGGUAUCAGUGAAAACCAAGAUUUCAAAGGUUUUGAGCCGCCUCCACCGCCUACAAUAUCAGCAUGGAAGGCAAAAAUGUCAAAAAACAAUAAUGGAAGCAUUUUUGACACAGUUAUUGAUGACAAUAUUGUGAUAUCAGGCCGUGGUAGAGGCAAACCGCAUUUUAUUAUAAAACCUGGGGAUGACCACAUAAACAAUGAUUACGAUUAUCAGGAAGAUGAAGAAAUAAGACGAAAAAUAAGGGAAACGUCCGGUAUUGGUUACUCAAACAGUUUAAUCGAAGAGAUACAUCGCAAUGAGGUGGCAAGAUUAGAAAUUGAAUCACCUUCAUCAACAAGUGUCGAUGAUACUUUAAGAUUACGCCCUAGUUCAGCUAAAACAAGUCGAUCUUCCUCCCCAUAUUGUUCCACAUCUUGUUCAAUUAGUUCAGUGGAAUCAAGCCCAAGAAAAACCUUAAAUAAUGGGGAUGUUAUUACAUCAAGUGGACCCAUUAAAAAUAUAAAGAGUUAUUCUGCUUUAUUAAAUAACCUUGAUGAUUGUGGUACCUCAAGGCCGCCCCCACUCAGCCAGAUGCUCAAGAAUGGAAAACUAAACCACAUAAAGACAAGCUGCGAUAUUGGAAAGGAAAAUAGUGGACAAAUAAAAAAACAUUCCUGGGGAACUAGAAAAAGACCUGUACCCCCAACAAUACCAAAGCUCACUCCCUCGCACAAUAAUUCCGAAUAUAGUGCAAUGAAAGACGUUUGGGAUGUGAAAUCACAGAAAAAAGUGGAAACUAUUAAUAUUGAGUCGCAUAUGGAAUUCCCACCUUUAUAAUUAUGGUUAUGCUAUUAUUCUAAUAACGGAUUUCGCCAACAGGCGGAAUGACACCAUUACACUCUUUUCGGACACACUGUAUAUUAAUAAUUUACGAAUAGUAAUAAUAAUAAUAAUUAUAAUAAUAUU